UUCAGCACUAGAUUCAAACAGCAGAGCGAGGCAAGGCUGAACCAAGAAAAGGAAAAGUAGAGAAGGAACUAAGCAAAAGAAGAAGCAGAAACUUUACUUUUACACAGUGCAUCAGGCUUUAUUAGACAGCUUUCUGAAGGACAGUCCUAUCCUUUAGUGUUAAUUGUUGCAGAAUUUGUAAAAGGCAAAAUGAUGAGCAGUAAAGUCUUCGCCACAUCUAUUGUGGUGCUCCUGGCGUUCCUGGCCAUCAGUGAAGGGAUGAGUCUGAGAAGCCUGGGAGUGGAGCUGCACUGUCGCUGCAUCCAAACAGAGAGCAAACCCAUCGGCCGCCACAUUGGGAAGGUGGAGCUGAUUCCUGCUAACUCCCAUUGCGAGGAGACUGAGAUCAUUGCCACUUUGAAAAAGACAGGCCAAGAGGUUUGCCUGGACCCCGAGGCUCCCUGGGUGAAGAAAGUGAUUCAGAAGAUUCUGUCCAACAGAAGACGUUGAACAGAUGGAGAUGUGUUUCACGAGUCUGAGCUGUUAGACAAAGAAAAGUACCAAGAAGUAUUUGAGUUUGAUGAAAUGAUAAAGUCAUCACACUUCUCUCAUUUCAAUACCAGAAGACUGCUUGAUGUCAUUCUUAAUCAACUGUUGUAACUGACAACAGAAUUCAACCUCUAAGAUUGUUUGUAUCAAACACACUAUUUAUUAUUAUUAUUCUUGUUUUUCGGGCACUCAUGUUUGUUACAGUUCUUUAACUUAUGUGUUUAACAUAUUUAUUAAUGUAUUUAUGAAAUGUACUAGUAUCUGGAUUAAAUAAAGAAGUUCAAAUGAAAUUGCAAA